UGGGGGGACAAUGAAUAGGUAGGAUUUCAAUGUCAAGACUAGGUACAUUGUCACAUACAACAACAGCAAAGGUGUCCAUAUCUAAUCCAUGACAAUUCCUGUCCCAUUCACAUAAAACAACACCUUAGAAUAAUGCCAACAUCGACCGCAACUACACCCCCUCCUCAAGCACAAACAGCCACAGUUCACUCACCGCCCACUGCAUCCAGCCCACCUCUCGCCAAACGAGUCAAGACAUCAGAACCUACCUCCAACACAACCACAAACACAAUGGCCGAGACCGCAACCGGCAGCAACGGUACUGCCGUCCCUAAACUCACCUCUACGUCUCAGCCCCCACUCCUAAUCAAGAAGCUAUCUGCCGAUGCCACAACCCCGACUCGCGGAUCAGCCUUUGCCGCUGGCUACGACCUCUACGCGAGUAAACCCAUCACCAUCCCUUCACGGGGCAAGGCUCUCGUGUCGACUGAUCUUUCGAUCGCAACCCCCGAAGGAACAUACGGUCGUGUUGCGCCCCGUUCGGGCCUAGCGUCUAAGAACUUCAUCGAUACGGGAGCUGGUGUCAUUGACGCGGACUAUCGUGGUGAAGUGAAGGUCUUAUUGUUCAAUCAUAGCGAAGUCGACUUUGAGGUCAAAAAGGGGGAUCGCAUCGCUCAGUUGGUCUUGGAGAGGAUCUAUACCCCUGAGAUCGUUGAGGUCGAGAACUUGGAGGAGAGUGUUCGUGGUGCUGGUGGUUUUGGAAGCACAGGUUGAACAUUGAAUAGUAUUUAUACAGGUUGGAACAGGAACCACAAAUUAGAAGAGACUCAACAUUUUACCUCUGUUGCUCACAACACGCCAUGUCCGGCUCUAUACACGCCUUUCGG